AUUCGAAGCUCAUUUUGUUUGAAACGAAUGCAUAUUAUGGACAUCAUUGAAUUUUUUUGUUUUUGUUAAACGAAAUUCGAUUAAGUUUUAAAUUAAUUUGAAAACAUACACAACGAUAUUAAAAUGUCAGGCCAUUAUCCGGGCUUCUCUAGCCCAAAUCAUCAGGGUAACUAUCCAAAUCAAAUGCCAAAUCAAAUGGUUAAUCCGCAAAUGCGAAAUAUGCCCGGUGUGAUGGGUCCAAUGAUGCAAUCGAUGCCAAAUCAAAUGGUGAACCCAAUGAUGGGACAACAACCAAUGAAUUACAAUCAACAAGCCAUGCCAAAUCCAGGUAUGGGUGGUCACGUAAACAUGCAACAAGGAUCAGGUCACGUUCCACCGAUGCAUUUGCAACAGCCACAGAAUACACCACCACAAAAUCAGUUUCAACAACAUCAUUUACAACAACAAAUGCAAAUGAUGAAUCAACAACCACAUCAUCCAAACCAGCAACCGAUGAUGACAGAUGAUCGUCCAACGCCCGACCAACAACAAUUUCAUAUGCCACCUCAGCAGCAUUUGCAAUCGAUGCCGCAAAUGAACCAAAAUCAACAACAAAUGCUACCAAAAAUGCCACCUCAAACGCCGCCACAACAGCAGCCACAAUCAGGUGUUCCGGGACCUCAAUUGAAUCCAACUCAACAAAAUAAUCCGAUCAAUGCAAACAAUCAAAUGGGUCCAGUUGGUCAAGUAAAUCAACAACAAAAUCAGCCGCCACCACCACAGCAGCAGCAACAACAACAACAACAUCCUCAGCAUCAGCAGCAGCAACAACAACAACAACAACAGCAACAACAUCAAAAUUUAAAUGUAGUCUACUUGUGUCGAUAUGGGCAAGAAACCGUGCAAGAUAUCGUAAGUCGAUUCCAAGAGGUCUUUAGUACGUUAAAAAGUGUUCAACCACCCAUCGGAACGAAUGCACCAACCACUACCGACAAAAAGGUCACCGAGCAAUUCCGAACGAUUCGUUUAUUAUUUCGGCGUUUACGUUUAAUUUUCGAUAAAUGCAACGACACUUGCCAAUUGGGUGAGCGAAUAGAAGGUAUUGAACACACAAACAUCGAAAGUUUGUUGCCAUUUAAGGACGAAGCAGACACAAAACCAGACCCAAUUCAUUCGGAAGAAUACAAAAAGUUAUUGGCAGAAAAUCGUGACCUUACCGAAACGGUUACGUUGAAAAAUAAGCAACUUCGUGAAAUAAUUGAUCGAAUUCGCAUCAUUAUUUGGGAAAUUAAUACGAUGUUAAGCAUGAGACGAUCAUAAUUGAAAUACUUGAAAUGAUAUAUACCUAAUAAAUUGAUUGUGAAAUGAA